CAGACGCAACGCAGCAAUCACCGCCGAAAGGGAUAUCACAAUCUCUGUCUACGCAAUUGCAUAUGACGACACGUCGUCGUUUGCGAAAAGCAUUAACCACCCAAAUUUAGCGUCUUCCACGCUCGUUUGUUGCACCAAAGGAAUCAUCUACUUCUGUAACUUCAACAAGUAGACGCAACACACUCUGAAAAUUUCAUCGAAAUGGAAAAUCUCCAUAGCCAUAGGGGCAUUACUAAUGCUACCACUAGUCCUCCACAUGGCUUUACAGAUAUUUUCAGAAGAGAGUUAGGUUUGUCUCAUCCCAACAGUUUCGCGCGUCGUUUUUCAGCUUCCGAGGUCCUUGUGAAGAGCUUGGAUUUAUAUGGGAAGUUGGAUGGUCAUGAAGGGUGUGUGAAUGCAGUGGAAUUUAACUCCACCGGUGACAUUCUUGUUUCUGGUUCUGAUGACCGACAAAUUAUGUUUUGGAAUUGGGAAUCCAAAACUAAAUUGUUUGCAUACCCUUCUGGCCACACAGACAACAUAUUCCAGACAAAGAUUAUGCCAUUCACCGAUGGCUGCCGAAUUGUGACUUCUGCUGGUGAUGGCCAGAUAAGGCUUGGCCUUCUCUGGGAGGAUGGUAGAGUUGACACUACAAUGUUGGGGAAGCACCAUGGUUGUGUAUACAAGCUUGCUGUGGAGCCUGGAAGUGCCCACAUAUUUUACAGUUCUGGUGAAGAUGGAUUUGUUCAACAUUUUGAUUUGCGAAGUAAUUCUGCUACGAAACUUUUCUGUUGUUCCUCAUCAAUAGGAAACAAUAAGCAGACUCUAAGCAAAGUAGGGUUGAAUUCCAUUGUGAUUGACUGUAGAAAUCCAUAUUACUUUGCUAUCGGUGGAUCUGAUGAAUAUGCACGUGUUUAUGACAUGAGAAAAUGCCAGUGGGAUUCAGCAAGAAAUUCAGAUCGACCUGUUAACACAUUUUGCCCUCUUUACUUAAUUGGUUCAAAUAAUGUCCAUAUCACUGGAUUGGCUUACUCAAGCUUUGGUGAACUCCUUGUUUCUUAUAAUGAUGAGCUCAUCUAUCUGUUUGAAAAGAAUAUGCACUCGGAUUCUUCACCUUCAUCUGCUACAUCUGAGGAUCCGAAGAAUAUUCAUGAGGCACAAGUUUACUCAGGCCACAGAAAUGCACAGACAAUUAAAGGAGUGAAUUUUUUUGGCCCAAAUGAUGAAUAUGUCUUGAGUGGUUCAGAUUGUGGCCAUAUAUUCAUCUGGAAGAAGAAGGAAGCUAAGCUGGUGAGAUUAAUGGUAGGUGAUCAACAUGUUGUAAAUCAACUUGAGGCCCAUCCGCAUAUACCUAUUCUUGCUACUUGUGGUAUAGAAAAAAAUGUGAAAAUCUGGGCUCCUCUAGGGAAUGAUAUACCUCCACUUCCAGGAAAUGUGAAAGAGAUAAUGGAGACAAACAGACAGGGCAGAGAAGACCGAUCACGGGUAACCCUUACUCCUGAUGUUAUAAUGCAUGUUCUUCGCCUGCAGAGGCGGCAGACAUUGGCAUAUAUUGAAAGAAGACAUAAUAGGGCAGAUAUUGUGAGUGAUGAAGAAGAUGCAGAGGGCUACCUUUUAGGAUUCUUAGAUGGUGAUGCCUCUUCUGAAGAGGAUUAUCCUGGAAAUUCCAGAGAUUGCAACAUUAGCUAAAGCUUAAAGAAGCGGGUUUGGUUGCUUUGCCUGACUAAUUCCAUAGAAACAGUAAAUGAUGUUGGCUUCACUGUUUUUCACUAAGCAGUACCAUACAUGUUUGAAACGUGCGCUAAUAAACACCAUUGGGGAAACAGUGUGCAGAGGUGUAAAAUCUGGAUUGUUCUAGUUAAAAUUCAGAUAUUAUGAUGUGUACAGGUAUAAAGUAAGUAUAAAUGUGAUUGGUAACUGAAACUAGUGUAAAUUUCAUAUUGUACAAAUAAGUGAAUAACCCUGUUCUUUAUUUUAGAAUGUUGAAUGUUAAUGGUGUUUUUCAUCAAUAAUCUUUUUCUUUA